CCUGCCUGUUUCGCUACAAUGGUCUGUCUCUGGUCUACCUGCUCUACCUGCUGCUACUGCCAUGGUUCCUGUGGCCUAACAAACACACACUACGAGGACAUACUGGACGCUUCAUCAAGGCUCUGUUCUGCACCAGUCUUCUCUUCCUGCUAGCCCAUGUCUCCUUCCAGAUCUGCCUGUACACUAUCCCUGACCUGGACCAUGCACUGGGACACAACUGUAGCUUGUGGGAGACGCUAUCGAGGCAUGUUGGUGUAUCCAGGCUGCCCUUGGAUGACGUGUGGAGUGUGGUGCGUCUGCUGACCCCUGACCUGGGGGUGUUUGUGAUCUCCCUGGUUACCCUGGUGGUGUGUAACCGGCUGGUCAAGAAGAGAGAUGACGUCACUGUCCUGCCCGUAGCCUCAGACUCCACACAGGGGGUGAAUGGUUUUCUGCUCUAUAGACACAGACUGGGCUUCACCGCUAUGCUGCUAUUAAUAUGGGACAUCUGCUCUUUAUACCAGUCUAUAUGUAUGGAAUCCGAAAGGCAAUGAAAGUGUUCAAUCAUUUUUGAAAACAUUCUGUAGAGUAUUAUGGCUCUCCUCCAGUGUGAGAAUGUAUAGAAAUUGUGAAUCUCCUAUUCAAGUGGCAUUAAACUCCUUCUCGAGCUACGCAGGCUAGGGCUGCACGAUAUGGGCAAAAUAUCUAAUUGCAAUUUUUUCUUUUUUUACCAAAUAUUGCGAUUUGACUUGCGAUAUAGGGCCUAGAUCAAAACACUUGGGUGAACUGUUGGAAUCGUAGAAAUAGAAUGAUUUGUAUUAAAAAGCAUCAGCAUCAUUCUUGUUUGGAACCAUCUGUUGACAGCAUUUGACCUAACAGAACAGCAUGCAAACAUAUAGUGGAUCUAACAGCGAGGAGGAGGAACUGUGCUGCUUGACUGACGGGGCGGGCUUGGUCUGUGAAGCCGCAAGAGGAGAAAUAAAACAAAGUUAACUAAAACAGGCGUUUGAGUGGCGUUUCAAAAUAUUGCAUGCGAUAUGA